GGGGUCAUCCGGAUAGGGGAGCGGGUCGGAGCGGCAGCGGGGAUGGAGCUGGGCGGAGGCGCGCCGGGGCCCGGACAGCCGGCGGUGGAGGACGGCGGCCUGCACCUCCUCCCGCGGGCGGUGGGUGCGCUGCUGUCGGCCUACGGCUGGUACCUGCUGCUCGCCUGCAUCGCCAUCUACCUCCUCGUGCAGAAGGUGGCCGAGAGCACCCGAGCCCGGAGCCGGCCGGACCCACCAGGGGCGGCUGCAGAGCCUGAUGUGGUGGUGAGGCGGCAGGAAGCCCUGGCAGCAGCUCGUCUAAAGAUGCAAGAAGAAUUGAAUGCACAAGCAGAAAAAUACAAAGAAAAACAAAGAGAGCUUGAAGAAGAGAAGAGAAGGCAGAAGAUAGCAAUGUGGGAAAGCAUGCAGGAAGGAAAAAGCUAUAAAGGAAAUCUGAAGCUGAACCAGCAAGAAACAGCAUCCAGCCCUUCCACCUCAUCAGCAGUCCCAAAGCCAAAGCCAGACAAAAAGCCUCUGCGUGGAGGUGGUUAUAAUCCUUUGUCUGGAGAAGGUGGUGGAACCUGCUCUUGGAGACCGGGACGCAGAGGCCCAUCUGCAGGUGGAUGAGGCUAAUCUUGCUAGUGUCUAAUGACACUAGCAGGCUUAAUCUGACCCAUUGUUUACCUGCCUACCGCUUGCAUGUCACAGUGACUCUCUUGGGACUUGGUUUAGUGCAGAUACUGAUUUACAAACAAAUCCAUGACGCACAGAUUUUAAUGCAAGAACUAAAUGCAGUGAGUGACCAAACGGGGGAUGUUCCUCAGAACAUGGGAAAUUUCUGAUCUUUUUUGAAGAGGAUAAAGAUCAUGUAAGAAAGAGUGACAGCCGACGGUUUUCUUCACCUAAAGAAGCAGCGUGGCGUAUGACUGAUGGCCCUGGCUCUGCCAGGUGAUCUCAGUUCUAAGCCUGGUAUUUCAAAAUACUUCUUGAGUGACCUGUGGCAAGUAACUUUAACCAUAUGUGCCUCGGUUUACUCAUCUGUAAAAUGGGCACAAUUAUUGUCCUCUCACUGAUGUUAGGAAGUUUCUGAUCUUUGGCAGAAAGGUGUUAGAGGAAGGCAUAGUGUUGUUAUUGAUGUAGGUAAAUACUAUUUUUUUUAAAGUCUUGGUAUGUACCUAAAGCUUGAAGUUGGGGGUUCUAAAACUUCUGGGUAAGAAUCAAUAACCUGUCCAUCUGGGGAAAUUAAAGGCAUGUGUUAAAGACCCUUGUGAAAAAAUGUCAUUCUCAAGGCCACUUCUUCAAAAAGUCUCAUCAGAUGUUCUUGUUGGCUGCUUACUGCUUUAUCUGUCCGUGGUUGACUGUAAACGUGACAACAAAGGCUCAGGCAUCUUGGGUUGGCACAAAGACCAGUUAUUGUAGAUGAGUCUCUGUGACAAGCUGCAUUGAAUGAUGUUUUCCUUAUAAAUGGUAAACAAACCAGUGAGGAUUACUGAUGGUAGACAGUAGACAGGGGUUUCUUGCUAUAUCUUUUCUAUUUCAACAGCUUUGUAAAACAAACCAGUGUAAAUAUUAAACACCACUGCAAACAAAUCACAGA